AUGGCCAAUAAAAACCUCACUACAGUAUCCAGGUUUGUUCUCAUGGGCUUUAUUGACCUUCCCAAGUGGGAAAUGCCCCUUUUUUUGGUUUUUCUCAUGGUCUAUCUUAUCACCAUUUUGGGAAACUUGGGGUUAAUCAUUAUCAUACAAGUGGAUAUACAACUCCAUACUCCAAUGUAUUUCUUUCUGAGCCACCUUUCUAUGCUGGAUGCCUGCUACACCUCAGUCAUCACCCCUCAGAUCCUGGCUACACUGGUCAAAGACAAAAUGGUCAUCUCCUAUGGCCAAUGUGCUGCUCAGUUUUUCUUCUUUACCAUUUGUGCAGCAACAGAAUGUUUCCUGCUGUCUGUGAUGGCCUAUGACCGAUAUGUUGCUAUUAGUAACCCACUGCUCUACACUGUUGUCAUGAGCCCUAGAAGAUGCUGGAGUUUGGUGGCUGGAGCCUAUGGUGGUGGGCUGUUUGGGGCCAUCUUAAGAACUACAUGUACCUUUUCUCUCUUCUUCUGUGAAAAUAAUCAAAUAAAUUUCUUCUUUUGUGACCUUCCACCUCUGCUGAAGCUCUCCUGCAGUGACACAACAAAUGUUGAGAUCAUUAUUGUUUUCUUUGGGAACUUUGUCAUUUUGGUGAAUGCCUUGGUCAUACUGAUUUCCUACUUGCUCAUCAUCAAGGUUGUCAUGAAGAUGAAAUCUUCAUGUGGCAGAGUCAAGACUUUCUCAACAUGUGUCUCCCACCUCACCGCUGUAGCUCUUUUCUUUGGGACCCUCAUCUUCAUGUAUAUACGAAACAGCUCAGGAAAAUCCCUGGAGGAGGACAAGAUAGUAUCUGUCUUCUACACUGUGGUCAUCCCCAUGUUGAACCCUCUUAUCUAUAGCUUAAGGAACAAAGAUGUGAAGGCUGCCUUCAGAAAGAUCACUGGUAGAUUCCAGGUUUCUCAAACCUUGCACAAUUGA